UGGCCGGUGUUUGCGCUGAAACGUGACCGUAGCCCGACCUUAAAGGGGAGGGAGCAGAGGGUGGCCGGAGUUCUUUAAAACUAGUCUGACGGGUGCCUGCCCCUUUAAGGACCGAAUCUGAGCCCCAGAUUACCCUGAGUUUCCGUCACUGGCCGAGAGGGAAGACUCCUUAGCUGGGUCCGGGUGCUUGGCGGCGGCGGCCUCAUCCCCGCUCGUCCUCCCCGGGCCCGGAGACAACCCCAGCUCCAGUCAUGCUGAGCAGAGUAUGGAAGCAGCUGACUACGAAGUGCUAUCCGUGCGAGAGCAGCUAUUCCACGAGAGGGUCCGCGAGUGCAUCAUCUCAAUACUUCUGUUUGCGACACUCUACAUCCUCUGCCACAUCUUCCUGACCCGCUUCAAGAAGCCAACUGAGUUCACCACAGUGGAUGAUGAAGAUGCCACAGUCAAUAAGAUUGCGCUUGAGCUAUGCACCUUUACCCUGGCUGUCGCCCUGGGUGCUGUUCUGCUCCUGCCCUUUUCCAUCAUCAGCAACGAGGUGCUGCUCUCACUGCCACGGAACUACUACAUCCAGUGGCUCAAUGGCUCCCUCAUCCAUGGCCUCUGGAACCUUGUUUUUCUCUUCUCCAACCUGUCGCUCAUCUUCCUCAUGCCCUUUGCAUACUUCUUCACAGAAUCUGAGGGCUUUGCUGGCUCCAGAAAGGGUGUCCUGGGCCGAGUCUAUGAGACAGUGGUGAUGUUGAUGCUCCUUACUCUGCUGGUGCUAGGAAUGGUAUGGGUGGCAUCUGCCAUUGUGGACAACAAGGCCAGCAGGGAGUCACUCUAUGACUUCUGGGAGUACUACCUCCCCUAUCUCUACUCCUGCAUCUCCUUCCUUGGGGUCCUGCUACUCCUGGUGUGUACUCCACUAGGUCUCGCCCGCAUGUUCUCAGUCACUGGGAAGCUGUUGGUCAAGCCCCGGCUGCUGGAAGACCUGGAAGAAAGCUGAAACUGCUCAGCCUUUGAGGAAGGCAGCUCUGACCCGUAGGAUCUGUAAUCCCACCCUCCUGCUGGCUGCUUUAGACCAUGGAGCUGCUGCACAGACAGGUCCUGGCUCUGCAGACACAGAGGGUCCUGCUGGAAAAGCGGCGGAAGGCUUCAGCCUGGCAGCGGAACCUGGGCUACCCCUGGCAAUGCUGUGUUUGCUGGUGUUGACGG